UCUUCCUUAUCUCUAUCUAGGCCUUAAACUGACCUUUGAUAAUUUACAAACAUGGCAUAUAAAGCAUUUUUCAACCAAAACUCAGAACUAGUAGUACAAAAAAACUAAACAUUCCACUCCACUUAGUCCAUCCGCAUUAGUGAAUCUUUCGCCAUAGUUUCUCACUAGUUAAUAUUUAGUUGAUGAGUUUUUAAAAAAUUUAAGAAACUCAUGUGAAAUUUCCAAUUUCUUAAGAAUUUUAGUUAAAUAUUAAAUAUAAUUUAGUGAUAGAUUUUGGUGAGAGACUCAUCAAUGAUGUCUUUAACUACUAGCUACAUCAUCUGGUGGUAGAGACUACAAGUUACCAGUUUAGUUUAUGUAACGAAGGUCCCUUUCUAAAAACAUAUAGUUGGAAAUUAUUUGUGGGAUGUAGAAACCGAAAAAGAAGGUGGAAAGGGACAAGAUAGUUGCAAGAGCAUUGAACCAAAGCAAACAGCUCUUUCUCCACCUUUUGUCUAUCCAGCCUCUUUAAAGUAAACCCAUUAAAACCCACUCACGCUCCUCUCCAAGUAGUAGUAGUAAGUAAGAACAGAUGUCAAACAACACUUCCCAUGUUCCUCCCAUGCCCCUCUCUCAUCACUUCAGCGACUAUGGCUUCGAUCCCCAGAUCGACUACUUUCAGGUUUUGGAAGAAGCGAGGAAGCACAAGAAAGAAACUCCCUCCAUUGACAGUAUACAUCAGUUCAAGCUCCAGAAACCUAUAUCUAAGGAUGAUCUGAUCCGAACCGCUCUCCACAAGAAGAAGAAGCGCUGGUUCUUGAAAAACGCUUUGCUCUUCUUCAGCUGGCGGAAAUGGCGAAGGCGAGACGGUCAUUACGCCGGAGAAGGAGACGUGGAGAUGGAACUCGACGUUCACAUGGCGAGGGCUAGGAACUUUCGCGCCUCAUCAGUCGGACCCGGUUCGAUAUCUGGUCCGGUUUACGUGACGGAGAGCUGGAGCGGUUCGAGCACACCGUACCGAACGAUAAGACCUUCUUCGCUGACGUCGACGCCAGCUGCUGUUCCGUAUAUGAGUCUACGGGAGCUUAACAUGGAGCGGCAACAGAGGAGCAAUGCAUCUUCUUCUAGGUCGGGUCCUCUUUACUUGGUCACGUGAUUUAAACAUUAUCGGGAUGGACGAAAAUGAAAUAAAGUUUUAAGUUACAUAUUUGGGUGGGAUGUGUGGGUUAUUUAAUUUAUAAGAAAAAAUGCAAGGUUUUAUUUUUUGUUUGGGGUCCUUCUGGCCCUAUUGAUUGAUAAAUUAUAAAUCCAUUACAUAAAUUAAGGAUGUGUGCCUUGGCCGUGGGGGCAGCUAAACAAGAACGUCGUAAUUUAUAGUUUGAUAUUUAAUA